UAUUAGAAAACAAAUCAUUAAACAUUAGACAUGGAAAACUCUCAAUUAGUUUCGAUCACUUUCUUAGCUUACACAAUAAUCAUAUCAGUCGGCUCCAUCAACUGCAUAGACAACAACAAUCUGGUAACAAACCAAUCCGCUUUGUUCGUGUUUGGAGAUUCUGUGUUCGAUGCUGGAAACAACAACUACAUCGAUACUUUCUCUAGUGUCCGGUCUAAUUACUGGCCGUAUGGUCAAACAACAUUCAAAUCCCCUACUGGAAGAGUCUCCGACGGACGUUUGAUUCCUGAUUUCAUCGCGGAGUACGCAUGGUUACCGUUGAUCCCGCCAAAUUUACAACCAUUCAACGGUAACAACCAAUUUACCUAUGGGGUAAAUUUUGCUUCAGGUGGCGCCGGAGCUUUGGUCGGAACCUUUUCCGGAUUGGUGAUAAAUUUGAGAACACAAUUAAACAACUUCAAGAAGGUUGAAAAAAUGUUGAGGUCUAAGUUAGGAGAUGCUGAGGGGAAGAGGGUUAUCUCAAGAGCUGUUUAUCUAUUUCAUAUUGGACUCAACGAUUAUCAGUAUCCGUUCACUACAAAGUCUUCCAUUUUUCAAUCCAUUUCCAACGAGAAAUACGUCGAUUAUGUUGUUGGUAACAUGACAGACGUUUUCAAGGAAGUGUAUAAUCGAGGAAGGAAGUUUGGAUUCUUGAACACGGGACCAUACGAUUGUGCACCAGCCUCAUUGGUUAUAGACCAAACAAAGAUAGGAUCUUGUUUUCAGCCGGUCACUAAGCUGAUCAAUCUGCACAACAAGAAGCUUCUGAAUGGUUUGAGGCGGCUAAAUCAUGAACUAUCCGGAUUCAAAUACGCCCUCCACGACUAUCACACUUCCCUCUCGGAAAGAAUGAAUAAUCCUUCAAAAUACGGGUUCAAGGAGGGGAAGAAGGCAUGUUGUGGAAGCGGACCAUUGAGAGGAAUCAAUACGUGUGGAGGCCGAAUGGGACUGUCGCAAAAUUACGAGUUAUGUGAAAACGUUACAGACUAUUUGUUCUAUGAUCCUUUUCAUUUGACGGAAAAAGCUAAUCAACAGAUCGCUGAGCUGAUUUGGAGCGGACCGACCAACAUCACUGGACCCUAUAAUCUCAAAGCGCUGUUUGAACUUAACUAAAGCUCAAUAUAUAUCUCGUUUCAUCUUGCCUGGUUUUCAUUCUUUUGUGUGUAUUUAAAUUGUCACAAGAAUCUUGCAGUUUUCUUAAAUAUUUUCCUUGUCAAGUGAGGGGAAGUUAUUUGUA